ACCUUUAUCGGAGGAAAAACAAAAAUAUGGGGUGGGAGUGAUAGAAAGCUGCACUGAGCUUCUUCCCUCCCUACCUUCCUAAUCCCGAUCAAAAUCAUAUCUUGUCAAUUGUGUCUUCUUAUAAAUUCCAUCUCCACCUCACGAUUCCUCCCGCCGAGCCCCUCUUAUCCUCCACUCUGGAUUUUAAUGAAGCCCGCUUCUGUCCCCAUGUCUCUCCUUAUAUUUCACCACCUAACCUUUCUUUCCCUCUGCUUAAAAAGGCAAUACAUAGAAGUCCGGAGGUACUUCUCUUGUGUCUUCUUCUAUUUCUUUUCAUCUUUUGCUUGCUUCAUAAAGUUGCGAACAUUCAGUUCGGCGCUCUAUUGAGCUCAAUUGCUCUUUGAGGAGGAAGAUGGAUUAUUUUUAUGGUCCGGGGAGGCAUCAUUUGUUCGUGCCGGGACCGGUGAACAUCCCGGAGCCGGUCAUCCGAGCAAUGAACCGUAAUAAUGAGGACUACCGCUCUCCGGCUGUGCCGGCGUUGACGAAGACUCUACUUGAGGAUGUUAAGAAGAUAUUCAAGACGACGAGCGGAACCCCUUUUCUGAUUCCCACCACAGGUACUGGAGCAUGGGAAAGUGCAUUAACAAACACUCUUUCACCUGGUGAUAGGAUAGUCUCUUUUCUUAUUGGACAGUUUAGCUUGCUCUGGAUUGAUCAGCAGCAACGCCUCAAAUUUGAUGUGGAUGUUAUAGAAAGCGAAUGGGGACAAGGUGCAAAUCUUGAUGUACUUGCGUCAAAGCUAUCAGGCGACCGUGCUCAUACUAUAAAGGCUAUUUGCAUCGUUCACAAUGAGACUGCAACUGGUGUAACCAACAACUUGGCAACAGUGAGAAAAUUGCUUGAUGACUUUAACCAUCCUGCAUUACUACUUGUUGACGGAGUUUCUUCUAUAUGCGCCCUUGACUUCCGCAUGGAUGAAUGGGGAAUAGAUGUUGCUCUAACUGGUUCACAAAAGGCUUUAUCUUUACCUACUGGGAUUGGAAUUGUAUGUGCCAGUCCAAAAGCUCUAGAAGCAUCAAAGACAGCUAAAUCUGUUAGGGUUUUCUUUGACUGGAAUGAUUACCUUAAAUUUUACAAAUUAGGAACUUAUUGGCCCUACACUCCUUCCAUCCAAUUGCUUUAUGGGCUUAGAGCAGCUUUAGAUCUUGUAUUCGAGGAGGGACUUGAUAAUGUGAUUGCAAGGCACAAACGCCUGGGAAAAGCAACGAGACUGGCUGUUGAGGCAUGGGGAUUGAAGAACUGCACCCAGAACGAAGAGUCUUAUAGUGACACAGUCACCGCUAUUGUUGUUCCGUCCUACAUUGACAGUGCUGAAAUUGUGCGGAGGGCAUGGAAGAGAUAUAACCUAAGCUUAGGAUUAGGCUUGAAUAAAGUGGCAGGGAAGGUCUUCAGGAUAGGACAUCUUGGCAACCUUAAUGAGCUGCAAUUGCUUGGUUGUUUGAGCGGUGUGGAGAUGAUACUGAAGGAUGUUGGAUAUCCAGUGAAGCUGGGUAGUGGAGUUGCUGCUGCCGCUGCUUUUUUGCAGAAUACCAUCCCUCUGAUCCCUUCAAGGAUAUGAUUUUUCUGUUUUAUUUGGUUUGUCACUCCUACUUUCUCUCCAAUUCUGUUUAUAAGACUUCAUUAUACAGUAAUGUUACUGGAAGUUGUGUCUGUCCUCUGUCAUUUAAUAGACAUCUCCCUUUAAAAACUUUAUUGAAUGUGAAGUUGUAUUUGAAAAUUUUUAGCGGAUUAUGUCGGCUGUGAUGGCUUCAGGUUUUAUGUAAUUAAUAUGAUCCCUUGAUUGAGAAA